AUGUCAUUUGUAUAAAACUAAUUUAUAAAGUCUAAUGUAAAUAUGAAAGAUUAGUUCAGCCAAAUCAAUAGAGAAUUUAAUAUACAAAACAAUAAAGAGCAGACAACCAAUUAAACUAGGGCAUAAAUACAAUAAAAGUUCUCUUUCUUAAAGUAUAUUUUUUAUAAAAUCUAUUUCCCGCAAAAUCUAAAUUCAAUCUUUUCAAAAAGGGAGCUAUUAGAUAAACAAAACUCCUAAAUAAAAGAAGCUAAAGAAUCAAUGAAGUUAAUAGAAGAUUAAUCUAAUUAAAUUUCAUAAAACCUAGGUGAAUUUUCAUUAGAUUUACAAUAAUAGCUUUGA